UGUCUACCAGAGGUCUGUUGUAGGGUUGUCAUGGUGAUGACUAGACCUCGCGUUUUGGGGGUAUACUGUCCCUUUAAGAGCCGCCGUAAGCCAGAGCACGCAUGCACUCAAGUUUGCGUCACACACUGAGCGCUGUGAGCGGGAGCACUAGAGAGUCAGAGACUGAAAAAGAUUCUGUGGCUAGCUACACAAGAGAGUUCCUAACGUGCGACGGGUGUAUGUUUAAUGGUCACGUGCUGUGAGAAGGACUGAAGAGCGGGUUGGCAGGGGAGAUCACUUGCUGUGUGAUUCCUGCGUGUACUUGUCCUAGCACAGUAGCUGUGUGGAGAAACCGAAACAGGUCACUACUGUUGUCUAUACUGUUUGAAUUUAAUUUGUACAUAUGAUAGUUACUGUUGUCUCAGACCCUGAAAGACAGAUUUAGGCUGAGCCAGUGGAAUAGUUACAUUUACCGUUUUCACUCAAAAUUAUAGUAUUAAAACUGUGCUCCUCCGAGUACAGUCGGAGAAUUAAAAAGCCCACAAAAGAGUAUUUCCUGUGUCCUGUCUCAUUCCCCAUGACCGGGCCACAUAGUUUGGUGUCAGAAGUGGGAUUCUCAGUUUAGUUUUGAGUUUCAGUAUAGAGAGACACAGUGAGUGGGGCUUUAUAGACAACAGUAGUGGCUGAGAAGAUCCCAGUCCUACCCAGAGGGCGGCAACUGCAGUGUGGAUAUCCUGAGGUGGUUCUGUGCAGUGGCAGUUGGUACAACAGGAGCCGGCUUCAGCAGUUGGAUGAGGAGGGCGCCUGACACAGAUUUUGGACUGUUGAAUCUCAUCUACAAGUGACUGUGGGAAUCUGCUGCAGUAAAGACUCAGAGACAUUGCAGUAUGUCACAAGAGGACGAGGGGGAAGGUCCUUCAGGGGCCGGAGCUAUCCCCACUGAAGACAGUCAAGCUGCCUCUUUGUUUGACAGUGCAGGUAACCCGUUGGUGCAGCUGCAAACACAGAUUAACGAACUGAGUAGGAAACAUGAUGCUGUUAUGUCUAGUAUUACUAACAUGGGUAAUGUUCCAACUAGAUCUGUUGUGUACAUUCCAAGAGAAAAGGUGAUAAUACCUUUUAGUGGGGAACCAGCAAAAGAUGCUUACACUGUUGAUGAAUUCAUAGAAGAGGUGGAAAGAGCAAUAAGAACUAGGGGUCUGCGUGGAGAGGAUCAAACCGACUUUAUCCUCUCACAGCUGAAAGGGUCUGCCCUAGAGGAAGUUAAGUUACGUAUGGCGGGCCAGGUGAAGCAACCGAGUGAUCUCUUCUCAUAUUUGAGGGAGGCAUUUAGAGAGAAGCGCACCACACCACAGCUCUUGCAUGCUUUCUACGCACGCCGCCAACUAGAUGGGGAAGACCUACGAGAUUAUUCACAUGCACUCUCUCAGUUGCUCAAUGCUGCAAUACAACAGUCCCCUAAUGUAGUACCAAACACACAGCUGGCACUUCGGGAUCAGUUCAUUGAAGGUGUGCAUGCCCCAAAUCUUCGGCGUGAACUACGUAGGCUCACUAGGGAGAAGCCUGAGUGUAGUCUCUUUGAUGUUAGAGAGGAGGCAAUCAUGUGGACUAUGGAAGAUCGUCCACGCAGCACUAAUGUAGCAAGACAUAGAAAUAUAGUGAGUGACAGGCCAGAUGAAAGCUGUGAAAAGACAAGCUCCACAAGUGAUGUACAGACAGACUUUUCCAUGGCUCUGCAAGAGAUGGUUAAAAUAAUCACACAACAGGGUAAGGCAAUAGGGGAGUUAACUAAUGCAGUGAGGGAGCUCACGACACAGACUGCCAGUUCUGAAGACAGUAGAGGUGUUAAAGCUAAGCCCAAGCCUAAGUACACUAGAGAGGGUCAGCCCAUUUGUCUCCGAUGUGAAGGGGUGGGACAUAUGGCCAGACACUGUAAUGCACCCCGACAACCUACGAGCCAGUCUGCAACCAUGCCCAGUUCACCGCUAACGGGAAACGGGAACCCUCCAUUGCUAUGAGCCGGGCAAUGCGAGGCAAGUCAGAAGGCUCAAAGGAAGCUCUAACCAAGGAACAUUUUCUAGAACAUGCUGUAGGUCGGUGCCCUGAAGUAGAUAUCCAGAUAGGUGGUGUAUCCCUUGGAUGUCUACUAGACACAGGAAGUAAUGUAAGCACUUUGACAGAAAGCUUUUUCAGAAACCAUCUUCAGGGAGAAGAUGAAGACAUGCACUGUACUGCCAAGUGGCUUAAAAUCACAGCAGCCAACCAGUUGCCGCUGCCCUAUUUAGGCUAUGUAGAGUUAGAUGUACAGGUUAUGGGGCUCACUAUACCAGAAUGUGGUUUUCUCAUAAUCAAAGACGAUAAAGCAGAAAGAGACAAUCCCAAAUGGUUGGAUUCGUCACCUCAUGGCAUUAUAGGGAUGAACAUUGCAAAACGAUGUAGACAGUUAGUACUCUCAGAGUUUGACACCGCUCUAGGGGGAGAGCUGCACAGUAAAAUUCACGGGGUAAAUUUUACUCAAAUUGAAUAAAAUUCUACUCGAAGAAAGACAGUAUUUGGUCCCAGUCUAAAUGGAGUAAAAUUUACUCUUAUGGCAGAGUUAUACUUUCAGAGUUAAAUAUACUCUAUUUAGUGCAAAUAUUUUACUCUAUAUGAUGAUAAUUUACUCAG